AUGCGAAUUUUAUUCCUUUCUAUUUUCCUAUAUUGGAAUUUAUUGACAGCAUGUGACGCAAAAGACAAAGAAUGGUGGCAAACAACUGUUUUUUAUCAAAUUUAUCCGAGAAGUUUUGCUGAUAGUAAUGGCGAUGGAAUUGGAGAUUUAAAAGGUAUCACAAGUAGAUUGAGUCAUUUAAAAGAGGCAGGUGUCGGAGCAACGUGGUUGAGUCCAAUAUUUAAAUCGCCUAUGGUUGAUUUUGGCUACGACAUAUCCGACUAUGAGAGCAUUCAACCUGAAUACGGAACAAUGGAAGACUUCGAUGAAUUGAUUGCAAAAGCAAAAGAAUUAGGUAUAAAAAUAAUUCUCGAUUUUGUGCCAAAUCAUUCAUCUGAUAAACAUGAAUGGUUCAUAAAAUCCGAGGCUGGAGAUCCUGAAUAUAAAGACUAUUACGUGUGGAGUGAUGGAAAGCCAAAUCCUAACGGAGGUCGUAAUAUUGAGCCUAAUAAUUGGGUCAGCGUGUUUUAUGGAUCAGCAUGGGAGUGGAGUGAUAAGAGGAAGCAGUACUAUUUGCAUCAAUUUACAAAACAACAACCAGACUUGAACUAUCGUAAUCCUAAAGUUUUGGAACGAAUGAGUGAUGUUUUGACGUUCUGGUUGAAGAAAGGAGUUUCUGGAUACAGAAUUGAUGCCAUAAACCAUCUCUUUGAAGUACCAGACUUAGUUGAUGAGCCUGUUAACAUUUUCGAUAAAGAUCCAAAGUCUUAUGGACAUUUAUGGCACUACAAUACAGUCGAUUUGAUGGAAGUCUACGAUGUGAUUUAUGGAUGGCGUGAUUUACUCGAUGACUUCAAAAAAACUAAUGGCGGUGAAACAAGAAUAAUGAUGACGGAAGCUUAUGCAAAUAUGACGUUUACAAUGAGAUAUUAUGAGUCUGAUGAUGGCACUAGAAAGGGAUCACAUAUUCCAUUCAAUUUCCUAAUGAUAUCCGAUCUCAAUGGUGACUCAACAGCACGAGACUUUGCACAUACUGUCAGCAAAUGGAUGAAUUAUAUGCCAGUUGGAUUCACUGCAAAUUGGGUUUUAGGCAACCAUGACAAUUCACGCGUUGCUUCUCGUUAUGGAGUCGAACGAAUUGAUGCAUUAAAUGCGAUGUUGUUAACCCUCCCAGGCGCUGGCGUUACAUACAAUGGUGAGGAAAUUGGGAUGGUUGAUAAUAAAAAUAUCUCUUGGAAAGAUACACAAGACCCUGCAGCAUGUAACACAAAUCCAGAUGUUUAUAUGAAAUUUUCAAGAGAUCCAGAACGUACGCCAUUCCAAUGGGACGCAACAAAAAAUGCUGGUUUUUCAACAGCUGACAAAACUUGGUUGCCAGUUCAUCCAAACUACGUUGACUUGAAUGUUAAAGCACAAAAGGAAGCUGAUAAAAGUCAUUUUAAAUUCUAUCAACAACUCAUGGAAUUAAGAAAACACGAAACAUUUCAAGAUGGAACUAUAAAGGUUUUGGCUCUUACUCGUAACGUUUUUGCAUAUCUAAGAGAACUCAGAGAUAAAGAUACAUUUGCGGUUGUCAUCAAUCUAGGUGGAAAUGUUGAGCAUGUUAGUCUCGAACCAUUUAGGAGACUUCGUAAUAAACUGAAAGUUGUUGCUGCUGCACCGUCGUCUCAAUAUCAUGAAGGCUUAAUCAUCCCGAUAUCUAGCGUGACACUAGAGCCUUAUGACUGUGUAAUAUUUACUGAUGGAGCGAAGAAUCAAAAGAGAUUAUUUGGUGAUUGGUGUCGGGAAGUGAUAUUGAUAAUCAGCUUAAUAGUAACAUUCAUCAGCAGCAUAUACUCAUUAUACUUUUGUACAUGCCAUAAUAUCAAUACAAAAUAG